CCUGGACUUGGCCCCAUACUUCUUCGGUCUUGGUUUUUCUACCUCCACUGAUGAAACAUAUUUUCCAAAAGAAGCCUGCUAGGAUUUUUUGACUUAAAGACCUUUAUUGCCCACACGCAAUAAAUUAUCAUUGGAGAGUAGGCUACUGUACGAUCAUUUCAUUCGCUGGGGUUUGUAAAUGAAUGUUUUUAUCGAUAUAGCGUACUUCGGGCGUGUUUGAACGAAAGAUCUGGGAGUUCCUUUUUUACGUGUUUUUGGUCACAUUAAUGGAAUGACUAACUCAGAGGAAGGACAACACAUCGACUAAAUGGAAAAAAUGGAGAACAAAGAUUUCGAGGGCAGCUUUGAGGAGAAACUGACACUGACAGAAAAAGCUCUCACCUCUUCUCCGGAGACAAGUCCCAGAGUGGAGAAGGAGAAUGGGGUAGAGAGUGAGCUCCUGAGAGCAGAUGACACUACAAUCACAGACUCCUCUCUGAUAACAGAUCCGCCCUCCAAAGCAGACACCCCCAGCAGAGGCGACGGAAGGUCCUCCACACCUGGAGCAGCUGCCAGCCCGCAGCCCAAAAAAGAUGCCAUGAAUUCAGAGCAAAGACAGAAACUGGCAAAACAGAGGAGAGAGGAGAGAGCCAAAAAGCUGGAACAGCGCACCCAGGAGCAAGCGGCCAAGAAGGCCCAGUGGCUUGAGAAAGAGGAGAAGGCGCGGCGUCUGAGGGACAGCCAGCUGGAGGAGCGUCGGAAGAAGCUGGAGGAGCAGAGGCUCAAGGCGGAGAAACGUCGCGCCCUCCUGGAGGAGAAACAGAGACAGAAACUAGAGAAGAACAAGGAGAGGUAUGAGUCCGCCAUCAAGAGGUCCACCAAGAAGACCUGGGCCGAGAUCCGCCAGCAGAGAUGGUCCUGGGCCGGAGGACUGAACCAGACCUCCCGCAGAGAAAGCAGAUGCUCGGCCUCCACUGUCAACCUGCCCAGACAGGUGGAACCUGUCAUUAACAACAGGCUGUCCAAGUCUUCAGCCACCCUCUGGAACUCUCCCAACAGAACCCGCAGCCUGCGCCUGAGCCCGUGGGAGAGUCGGAUCGUGGAGCGGCUGAUGACGCCUACGCUGUCCUUCCUGGCCCGGAGCCGCAGCGCAGCCACCCUCCUGAACGGCAGCGACCCCCACUCCCACUGUUCCCGCUCUGCCUCAGCCAGCCCUCUGACUGCCUGCUCCCAUCAUCAUCCUCACCAGCACAGCGCGGAACGCUGGAGAGUCUCCUCCAGCACACCCGACAUCACCCAGCGCCAGCGCAGACGCAACUCCACACCGCUGGAGAAGAAAAACAAAGAGAAGAGAGACAAGGAGAGAGCAAAUGAAAAGGAGAAGAAUGCUUUAUCAAAGGAGAAGGUGCAGAAGAAGAGGCCAUCCCAGUCCACUCCCAGAGCAAAGACAGAACUUAGCACUACAACAAAACCCAAAAACAGAACCUCGUCACCCACACCUCCGAGGAGCCGGCCCCUAUCCCCGAACCCCACUGUGUCUCCCAAGCCCCCUGCCUCUGGCCGGACCCCUCCUGGUACCAAGACUCGACCCAAGCGAGCACAAACCCCUGCCAGGGUACAGCCCCAGACGGUCACCGCAGUUGCCGUGGAAACGAAGAAAGAGCCCAGCCAGCCUGACCUUCCUAAAGAGACAAAGAUCUCUCCCAGUGUUCCUGCCAUCACCGUCUCUUCUGCUCCUGCAACGCCUCCUUCAGUGAAUCCACCAAUCACAGCCACUUCUCCUGCUGCAGCUCCGGUGGUCACGCCCUCUUUACCUCCCGAACCGGCCCUCGUGACCCCCAAACCAAUGGCUGGGACCAACGACCCAGAGGAGGCCGCUCGCGUCCUGGCUGAGAAGCGUAGACAGGCACGCGAACAGCGUGAGAGAGAGGAGCAAGAGAGAAUGGAGCAGGAGCACAGGAACAGGCUCCUGCGCGAGGAGCGCGCCGCACGGGAGGCGGAGGAGAGGAAGCGCAGGGAAGAGGAGGCGCGAGCCAUGGCGGAGCAGCAGCGUCUGCGCGACGAAGCCAAGCGUCUGGAGGAGGAGCGUGAGGCGCAGGAGAGAGCACGCGCCGAGCAGGAGGAGAACGAACGCCUCCAGAGACAGAAAGAAGAAGCAGAGGCCAAGGCCAGAGAGGAGGCAGAACGCCAGAGGUUGGAGAGAGAGAAACACUUUCAGAAAGAAGAACAGGAACGCCUGGAGAGAAAGAAGCGCCUUGAAGAGAUUAUGAAGAGAACACGGAAGAGUGAUACAGGAGAGAAGAAGGACAUCAAGUCUCCAGCUCAAGUCAAUGGCAAAGACACACGGACACAGCCUGAGAGCAAUAUGACUCCUGAAAACCAGCCCAAUCCAUCCCAAACCCUGAACAAUGGUGCCACAGAUGAGGGCCAAUCACACGCUGACACGAAAGCAAGCACCGGGGCCUGGGACUCCGCUCCAGUGAUGAAUGGUGUUCAGCCUACCAAGCACCAGAAUGGCCUUUCCUCCAAUGGGGAGGCUGCUGACUUUGAAGAGAUCAUCCAGCUGUCCAAUCACAGCGGAAACAGCAACAACGGGAAGGACCAAUCCCAGAGUGACAUUUCGGGUGAUCCGAUAUUGGCCUUUGAAGGAGGGGAGCCCUUCCUGAUGAAAGCUGGACCCAUGAAACCUCAGCAUGUUACAGAGGUACUGUGAGAGUCCUGAUCUUCUGGAGGUGGUUUCAUGCCAUCAUCAAAGAAAGAAAAACCCCAACAUUUGCAACAUAGCAACAGCUUUGACAAUUGAAGUGUGCCAAACCCAACCGACUGACUGCUUUUACUUUAGUAUUCAAUAAUAUAGAGAACUGUGUGUGGGAAGCACUUGGCUGACUGAGAGAAACCUCUGCAAGUCCAAAACGAAGAUAACAACACUCAUCUAAAAUGAAACAGCAGCAAAAACAAACAAAAAAAAAAACAAAAAAAAUCUUUCACUCCAUCGUGGUGCAACAUUGUUGAAUUUUAUUGAAACCUGUCACCUGCCGAUUUUGUGGUGCACCUUAAAAAAGGACUGAAACUAUAAUUAAUUUUAGAGAAUAUUGAACUUGGAACUACACAAUAUUUGGUUAUUGUAAUAAUUAUUCUUAUUGUUGUUGUCGAUGUUAUUCUUCUGAUAUACAUUGCUAAUGUUCUUUUAAUUGAAAAAAGUGUGUGUUUGUCUUGAAUUAUUGAGUUAUUUAACUUGAGGAGCAUAUGGAUGAUGGGGUACCUUGUAUGUAAAUGUAUAUUUGCCUGACAUUGGAGGACCUGUGGAAUAAAGCUUUAUGAAAGGGA